AUGUUCGACGUCGUCAUAGUGGGACAUGGCGCAGCGGGUCUCGCGGCCGCCGUAACGGCCAUCGAGACGGUCCCGUCCCUGAGAGUCGCGGUGCUCGAGCGGGCGCCGGAGGAGGAUAGCGGCGGCAACACACGAUGGAGCCCGUCGAACAUGCGCAUGCGAGCGGUCGACACCGUGCUGCAGGAUUUCGAGGCUGACAUGAUGAAAGCCACCGGCGGACGGGGCGACUCGGCUUACUUCCGGCGGCUGGCCGAGGAUGCGCCCGAGACGCUCACAUGGCUGACCCGGCAAGGCGUCAAAUUCCAUGCGAUGGAUUACUUUCUGAGCAACUGGCCGACGCGUAUGCAGCCCGUUGGCAAGGGAGCUGCGAUCGUCGAGGCGUUGAAGGGGUCCGCGAAGGAUAAGGGCGUCGAGUUCCGCUACGGCUGCCGCGCGACCCUUCUGCUCCUGGGUCCGGAUGGCCACGUCGAAGGCGUCGAGACGGACCAGGGUCACAGCAUUCUGACACGAUCGGUGAUCCUGGCCAGCGGCGGCUUCCAGGGCGAUCCGGAAAUGUUGCGUGAACAUCUGGGGUCGGGCGCCGGAUCCCUGCGCAUGAUUUCGCCGGGCACGUCGUGGAACGCGGGGGACGGCAUCCGUAUGGCGCUCGACGUCGGCGCAAAACGGUCCGGGGACUGGACGGGCAUGCAUAUCGAGCCCGUCGACCCACGCAGCGCGCGACCUGCCGCCCUGGUUCUCGCCUACCCGUACGGGAUUGUUGUCGACGGGACCGGUCGGAGGUUCUUCGACGAAGGCGAGGGGCUGGUGCAUACCACAUGGGAGCGCCUCUGCCGCACUAUCCACUUCGAAUGUCCGGGGCGCACCGCCUGGACGAUCGUGGACGCGAAAGCCACGCGGAUCGAGGGAUAUCGCAACGCGAUCCGCACGGACGUGCCUCCAAUCAGCGCCGAAAGCGUCGCGGACCUCGCCUCGAAGCUGGGCGUGGCGAGCGAUGCUCUCGAAGCGACGAUCGCCACGUUCAACGCGGCCUGUCGCGAAGAGCGUGUUGGUUUCGAUCCCACCCGGCUCGAUCGGGUCGGCACCGCCGAAGGCUUUGCGCCGCCGAAAUCCAACUGGGCUCGGCCGGUCGACGAGCCGCCGUUCUUCGCGUUUCCGAUCGUGGGCGCCAUCGUCUACACCUUCGGGGGGCUUGCGACCGACAUAGAGGCGCGCGUCCUCGACGCGAAAGGACCGAUCCCCGGACUCUACGCGGCCGGUGAGAUCACCGGGCACUUCUACGGCAUGGCGCCGAACGCCGUGCCGGUGAUGCGGUCGCUCGUCUUCGGCCGGAUCGCCGGCCGCAAUGCGUCGCAAGCCUGCCGUCUCUCGCGAUCCCGCGAGAGUGAGGGCGCUGCGUCGCUCCCGGUCCACCACGAAAAGGCAAUGAGGCAUCAUGCGCUUCCGGCCAAACCCUCAUGA